AUGGCCAAGCUGGACAGUUUCUCUGUGAAGUAUUCAGUAUUCCACGGUUAUAUAAGUGCUGUUAUCUGUGCUUUUGGAAUCAUGGCGAACAUUGCCAAUAUUAUCGUUUUAACGCGUAAGAAUAUGAUAUCUCCAACAAAUUUAAUAUUAUUAUGGCUCGCCGUGGCAGACUUGUUCACCAUGUUGUCUUAUUUCCCCUUUUCUCUGUGUUUUUACGUAUUCCGAGACGAUCAACUACGAAUGUUUCAUACACGAUCGGCGGGAGUGAUCUAUUUCUUGAUGUUCCAUGCCAGUUUUAGCAUCGUGUGUCACACUGUUGCCAUCUGGUUGACCAUUGCCUUAGCUAUAUUCCGUUAUAUCUAUAUCUGCCGCCCGACAAAAGGUGCGAUUUAUUGUAACAAACGGCGCGCCAAGUUGACGAUCCUAGCUGUCUAUAUCUUGACCAUGAUCUUAUGUGUACCUAAUUACGCCACUAAUCGAAUUGAAUAUAAGAUCAGGACAACUAAUUCGUCUGAAAUUAUAAACAGCACCGUGAGAUAUAAUUAUAUUAAUGAAACUAUUUAUAAUCCGACAGUCGUGACUGGUGAGGCCGCAGACAUUAUCAAACAGACCAACAGUCUGAUACAGGCUGUGUUGUUUAAAUUAUUACCUUGUGCUAUGCUGACCACAUUAACAAUCCUUCUAAUCCACGCCAUGCAUAAAGCGUACCGUAAACGCAUGCGUUUGAAAUCGCAAGGUCGCAAAGCCGAAUCGGACAAGCAUGGAGAACAUAAUAGGACGACCGGUAUGUUGUUGGCGGUGGUUGUGCUCUUUACGUUAACCGAAUUGCCUCAGGGUAUCCUAACCUUAAUGAAUAUAUUUAUUCAAUGUUUCCAAUGGUAUGUUUACGAUAAACUCGGUGAUCUGAUAGACACCAUGGCGCUGAUGAAUAAUUCUAUCAAUUUUGUGUUGUAUUGUUCCAUGAGUAAACAGUUCCGAGACACCUUCACCGAAAUAUUCUGUAAAUGCUUUAUGAAACAUCAAUCGGGGUUUUUCAAAAUGAAGCCAGUCAAAAGUGAGUUAAAUGGACACGUUCACCGCGAUUCAAACUGUAACAAUAGUCACGUUUAA